AUGGCUGAUAGUAAAUAUAAAUACAGAGUCGAAAUUCAGCAGAUGAUGUUUGUCCUGGGGGAGACAAAUGACCCCCCUGUGGAAACAACAUCUCUAGUAGAAGACAUUGUUCGUGGCCAGGUUAUAGAAAUCCUAAUCCAGUCCACCAAAACUGCCACUAUGAGAGGAACUAAAUCCAUAGCACCAGAAGAUGUGAUAUUCUUAAUAAGGAACGACAAGGCCAAGGUGAAUAGAUUAAGGACAUAUUUGUCGUGGAAGGAUGUCCGUAAAAAUGCGAAAGAUCAAGAAGGAGGUGGUACCGAAGCACUUAUAGAGGGAGAUGCUGCUGGUGGAGCUGCUGGUGGAGCUGCUGGUGCAGCAUCCAGUCAGGCAAACGAUUCAUCGAAGAUGCUUUCUCGAUACAAGAAGCUGAAAAUCAGAUUACCGUGGGAAAUUCAGUUUAUGUUCACAGAGCUUCACCUUGAGACCACAGAAGAAGCAGAACAAGUUGAUGACGACGAAAGGGAAGCCACUGUAGCCUCUUUAAAGAGAUUGAAGAUGGCUGAUGACAGAACUAGAAACAUGACUAAGGAAGAAUACGUGCAUUGGUCUGAGUGUCGGCAGGCUUCAUUUACAUUUAGAAAGGCUAAAAGAUUCAGAGAAUGGGCACUGAUCCCACAAUUGUGCGAUUCUAGGCCCCAUGAUGAUGUCAUUGAUAUCUUGGGGUUCUUGACUUUUGAAAUUGUGUGUUCAUUAACUGAAGAGAGUAUUCAAAUAAGGAAUGCAGAAGAAAAGUUGAUUCAAAAGCUGUUACUGAAAACUGGGGGCUUGAACAAGGAAAUAAACAAAAGAAAAAGGAAGUAUCUUUUCGAUAAACCUGAGAAACUGGCAAAGCCGUUAAUGCCCUAUCACAUCGAGGAGGCCUGGAGGAGAUUACAGAAUGUGGAUUUCAAGCACAAGGCUGCUAGAAAUUUUGGAGGUGGGGUAUUGAAAUCUAGAACUAGACUCAUCUAA